GCGCGGCGCCCCGCCGCGGCCGCCCUGCGAGGAGGAGGAGGAGGAGGACGGGGAGGGCGGCGGCGCGGAGCGGCCGCGGCCGCGGCCAUGAGCUGCUCGGACGUGGCCAUGCAGCAACCCGGCCCGGUGGCGUGCGGGCCGCCCCGCUAUGCGCCCGGCGCCGCGGCGGCGUCCGCGCCCGCGGCGGGCUGCUCGCAGAAGAAGUUAGCUGUAUACAACAAGAUGCAGGAGUCUCUGGAAGUGACCCUUCCCAGCAAGCAAGAGGAGGAUGAGAAAGACCAGCCUGCUGAGAUGGAGUACCUUAACUCUCGCUGCGUCCUUUUCACUUACUUCCAGGGAGAUAUUGGUUCAGUAGUGGAUGAACACUUCUCAAGAGCUUUGAGCCAAGCCAGUAGCUUCAGUCCAGAAACUGCCCAUUCAAAGAGCAAGGCAGGGCUAAGUCCUCUCUGGAGAGAAAGCUCAACAAUUUCAAGCCAAAGGAGCAGUUUCCCAACUUCAUUUUGGACCAGUUCUUAUCAGCCUCCUCCCCCACCAUGCUUAAGUGGAGUGCACCCUGAUUUCCCCGUUACUGCACCAGGCACCUUCCCGACACCAGAUCCCAGCAGCUGGCCAGGGCACAGCCUUCAUCAGACUGCCCCACCUCCUCCCCCUGCUGCAUCUGAAUCCUGGCAUUAUCCUUUAGCAUCUCAGGUGAGCCCUUCGUAUGCACACAUGCAUGACGUAUACAUGCAUCGCCAUCACCCUCAUCCACACAUGCACCAUCACCAUCCCAGCUCGCACCGCGACCCACGGUACGGGUCCCUGCUGAUGCCUUCAGUACGUGCAGCCAGGAUUCCUGCUCCCCAGUGUGACGUGACAAAGACAGAUCCCGCUGCUGUCACCAGCGCUACCUCAGCAUGGGCUGGAGCCUUCCAUGGGACAGUGGACAUUGUGCCAAGUUUUGGGUUUGACACAGGUCUACAGCAUCAGGACAAGAGCAAGGAAACUUCUUGGUUCUGAGGUUCAAAUAUAACUUAAAUCCAGCUACAGCUGGAGUCACUGCAGCUGGGAAGGCGAUAUCCAUGACUCCUUCUGCAUGGGGCAAAGGACACACUAUGAAGAUGAAGAGCCAACCAUUCUGGUUUUGCUAUUGAGCCUUUUGUUUGUAAGGCCAUUUAUGGGUCCCACAGUGUCGAAGAAAAAACCUAGCUUUUCUUUCUUUCCUCAUCUGAGCCUGCUGCAGCUGGGCAACGUAAUUCCUUUCUGCUCCUUUAACAGUGUUUUGUUUUGUUCAGCUUGGUAUUUUUACGAACAGUCUCAAUUGUCAGGAAAAAGACUCUCCCUUGACUACAGUGCGCCUCCUUUCAGGAAUACAGUAUUUUGUAGCUCUUUGUGCAUCUAUUUUUGUAGAAAUACAGAAAGUUUGAGUAAGGAUCGGUGGGCUAUUUUAGGAUGACAUAUUUUUUUAAAAAAAAAUGUAAAAUUGUUAAGUUCUGUUUAAAGAACUUGCUCUCAGAGAAGCACUGGCAAAAAAUGUAUAAAAUGCUAUUUUUAGAUGUCUGUGAUGUGUUUGUGCAUUUUGGGUUUUUUUGUUUUGUUACCUCAAAUGUCUAUCUUUCCCUUCUUUUUGAAGAGCUAAGCCUGCCUUGUUUCCACAUUACUAGAUUUUUGAUAUUUUUGUCCUUGUGUUCUAGCUUACGCAAGUAUAAUUCACACCUAAAGUUUCAGCCAAAUAUUUUUCCUGCUGGUGUUAGAUUGUAGCAAGGGUGUCUUUAUUGUCUUGCCUCUGAAGAUGGCUUUGCGCUGUGCUGAUUGUAAGGAACUUGCAAACGCCUUUAACCUGGAGCAAAGCCUGGGGUUAUAAGAACUGCAUUUCCAACCCACUUGUUCUUUCAAAAUGGACCAAAUACUUGUAUGGAUUUAAAUGAUAUAUGAGUUAGGGCUUUGCCCAUGAUCCAUUGAAGCUGAUGAACAGAAUCUUCUAUGAGUUAUGUUUCAGGCCCUCCUUCUAUAGUGAUCAUAAAUAUUGAUAUACUCAUAUUUAAACUCAUGAGGCAGGACUUUCAGCUAAACCAUUUCAAGGGUGAUAAUUUUUAGCAUGAAUAUUCAGGAAGGAAAUGUCAGUUUUAUAAAAAUGUUUACAACUUGUGGAAAGAAAAUGUUUUUUCAACUGGCCUGAUCUCUCUGGUGUCCGAGUACCUCACAGAAAGCAUUGAAGUUUUCAACUCUUGUUGACUUCAUAAGCUAGCUGUAUAACCUAGGACUUGCUGGGAUACCCCAGCUGCGGCUCUUGAAUUUCAUAAGGAGUUGCACGUGCUCAGCGUGCACAAACGUUGGGCUUUGCUGCUGUUUCUGGGUAGGAAUCUGAAGUUGGAAACUACAUCUAGCUCCAGCACUCUGCAAGAUGCUUGCAAAAGUCCAUUUCUGGCCUGCGCCUCAGGUCCAACGUGCAUAAUGAGGACUCUAGUUGAAGCCAGCAUAAGUGCGAUCCAACCUUGAAUAAGGGCUGCAAGAUUGUCCUGAAGAGCCCAGCCCUGCGAUAGGCUGGUGUGGGUCAGCCUGCAAGCCCAAGCCUACUGCCUCCAGCCAGGGGACACCAUAGCAGCAUGUGCUCAGGUGGGGCUGAGUGCAGCAGGGUCAGGGCCCAAGUCGCCUGAUCCUAGCUUUUGUUUGGAAAUGUUGCCUUUCUGCUCUAUGCACCUUCAGCGAAUGGAUGUCUUUAGGAUCCCUCUGUAAUAUUUCACAAGGCUCUCAUAACCUAUUAUUUCCUGCUACCACUGUUUUCAGACAUCCCUGUUUAAAAGACAAACCAGCCACACAGGAACCAAGAGCUAGCUACAUGACUGAGAUAAGGAACAGUUUAAUUUUAAGGCAGCAAGCAUUAUAAAUGUUGAUUUGUCAGGUGGAGAGCACAUGGAUCUCUGUGUGAAUGGGAAAGGGGGAAGUCGUGGACUGUGCAUGCUGCCGAAAUUCAGUCCUCUGUCUGUGUACUGCUUUUCUUCAGGCAUUAGGAAUUUGACACAGUGAGGUGCUGAGCAUCUUCCCUUGCCACAUGAGAUGGCUUGAAGUGCUGGCACUGGGGACAUCAGGAUUAUAACCCAGUUUGGCAAGACCCUUAAGUGCAUAUCUUGAUCAUUUGAAGUCUGAGAAAGCAUAAGAGGGCUGAAUGGGCUGUGCUUAAACACUGUCUUAAAAAAAAAAAAAAAAAAAAAAAAGCAAUGGGCUGUAGUUUCCAUGUUGAAAUGUGGAUUUUUUUUUUUUUUUUUUUUUUUUUUUUUUUUUUUUUUUUUAUCUUUUAGGUUAUUAGCAUUUCUUCCUGUCAUGAAAUUCACUCUCACUACAGUCCUGUAUGUUAUCGCUGUUCUGGUGGAGCUAGUUCCUCAAUUGGUCAAUGAAUUAGUAAUGGAAUGGGAAAACCAUUCUGAGCAAUAAAAGCACCCACAAUUUGCUUACUUAUCAGGACAGUAUAGUUCAGGAAAUAUUUCAAGAAUGACUUCUUGAGAUAGCUAAACAUCAGGAAUUUCUGGCAGUAUUAGAAAUACUGGAAAAAAAGUCCGAACUAUUUUUUUUUUCCCUCUGGACUUGGCAAAGUUGGAAGGCAAAGAGGCAAAACAUCUCCAGAAAAGCAACGAGAAAUGUGAUAAUCAAACUCUCUGAACUUCAGGGAGUGAGAGUUUGGGGGAGGGAGAAAAGCGAAAGGAAAUGCAAGUUUUUUUGAGCUGUACUAUGUUUGAAUUCCCUAUAUAGUUCACCUAUGUCUAGCAAGAGCAGCCAGUCCAUUGCCUUCCUCUUUGCAAGUCUGGAUGAUAAAGGACCUUCUCCUAUUCCCCACAGGUAUUAACACAGAAUCAGGGGACAGGAAAGAAGCAGGCCCAGAGUUUGCACUGGAAUCGCUUUCUGGGUUGUUUUGUUGAGUUUGUGGGUAGAGGGGAUGAAUAUGUGGUGAAUCUGUUGCCUCUUUCUUCCAUCUCAAGGACUACUGUUACGUGCCCGAUUUCCACUGCUGAACUUGAGUAUUCUUAAGGAACUCUACAGGCUCUGGGAGACAAGUGCCAAUGAAAACCUACUGUUGUCUAUAGCCAUUUAUGCACCAGUCAAUCAACUUUAAAAGUCAAAUAAUAAUUUUUUUCCACCCUCCUUAGUAAGUAACAUUCCCCUGUAUUUAACAAGUGAGCUGAAAAUAAAAAUUCCAAGUCCAUACCAGUAGCCCUGCUUGUCUAGUCUAAAAUUUGAAAGACAGGAAAGAAAAAAAAAUCCUUUCCUGUGACAAACUUUUCAGUUGAAUUCAGCAGAUUUACAGCAGAUCUCUCUCUCUCUCACACACUUAUACAUACACGCACAAAUGUGCUUAUGAGAAGCAGAUGCUGCAUUAGUAUUGUUCUUAAAAGAGGAGGAGAGUACUCACUCGCAACGUUGCAGUGAUGGCAUACUGAUGGCAGUGAGAAGGAAACAGAAAUGUUAGGACUGCUCAGGCUUCCACAGAUAGGAAAAACAAGCCCUUAAAAACAGGUCACAAAGAAGUCACAUGUCUUAAUGCAUUACUAAAGAAGUUAUUUUAUUCUUUGUCUAUGUUGAAUUCUACUGCUGCCCUAAGAAGAUGGAUGAUUAAUUUUGUGAGGACCUAUAAAACAUGGUAUACUCUGACACUAUUUCUGUGAAGAAGUGGGGAAAUUACUGUUUUAUUUUAGGAAAAUCUAAUACUAAACUCUUAAAAGCUGUCCAGGAUUUGAUUUUGUUCCUAUUAAUGCUGAGAAAUCUGUUGUCAAUUUGUAUGUCUUCUACUUUGGAGUAUCUGGGGGUUCAUCUUAACCAGCAGUUUUUGAAAAGGAGGUACUUCUUUUUGUUUCGGCUGGGCAUUCCCAUCCUAACAAGCAGAUGAAUAAUACAGCUGCUGAUCACUCAGCAGAUCUGAUUUCUCGAUAGCUGAAUAAGCUACUCUUGGCAGUAGUAAAAUGCACUUUGUUCAGAUUCCUUUCCUCAGCAGACACAAAUUCAGCUCAGUUAUCAGAUUAUCUGAUACUUGUUUCACAGUGUGAAAAUCUGCAAUGAGUGGGAAGGUUCUUUCAAUCUUCUACCUUCUCCUGCUAGAAAAUAUCCCUUCAAAGAAAGAUAAAUCUCUCUUCACAACUUUCAAAGGCACGCUUCUCUCGAGAGCAGAGAUUGCGGGAGAGGAGUGCCAUUUUUUCCCCAACUCGUAGUUAAGGUCAACUGACUUGCACAUACCUAAAGAUUCUGCUUUAAGUCUGUUGUUCAUAUCUUGCUCUCCUCCUCCUGCAAUUCUUUGUGUGUAUGUGUAUAUAUAUAUGUAUACAUAUAUAUAUAUACACACAUAUACAUAUACACAUACAAAUAUAUAUAGUUUCCUCCAUUCUACCCUCAUACAUUCAAAUGCAUGUCCUUUGGAAAUGAACUGAAUGACAUCACUAAAUCUUAUCUGACUAUCUAAAAACAUGUAGGCAGUUUAUUGCUUUCUCUGUAACCUCAGGAGUGAGUGGAAAUUUUCUUUACUGUGCAAAAGGUAUUCAAAAGCCUCAAUUUUUUGUAUCAUAAAGAUCACUGUGCAGUUGGUGGAGUUAUGUAGAGAGGUGCAAUAUAUUGCCUUUCAGCAGACAAGCAUAUCUUGUUGAUUGAGAUUCUUUCAAUUUCAGGUACAUAUCCCCCCCCCCCUUCUUUUUAAUGGCCCAGCAACGUAUAUAUUUCUUUUAAGAACUUAGAAAUAUAUAUAUAUAUAUAUAUAUUUUUAAUUGAUUUUGUGGUUUUAAAAUGUCAGCCUUUGAGCUUUCUAAAGAGUAUUUGAAUGAUAGAUAUUGUGUGUGGAUUUUUAAAGAUGUUGAUGCAUGUUGUUUGGAACUGAAAUCACAUGUAAAGCAAGAAGGUUUAUUAAAAAAUAAAUAAAAUACUGCUUUUAGCCCUAUGGGCCCAAUCUGACAGUUGUGAUGCAGGAAAAGGUUCCUUUAAAGACUAAGGCAAUCUUAUCCGAACAAGGUCAAAAUCCUCUAGGUGGUAGGAGAGCUGGGAGCAGGGGUCUUGCAAAGGCUGAGCUGGAAGUACUGUGAGCAGAGAUGAUCUUUUCCAGCGUUGUGUGUAGAUGAUUGGGCAGUCACUGCACAACAUAUUAAAACCAGACAAUGGUGAUGAUAUGUGCCCCUUCUCACAGGAUGAACUGGCUGCUGAGAGGAAUUAAAGGCAUCUCUGGAAACAUGUCUUAGCUGCCCUUGGUCUGCACGCUGCUUGUGACCUUGCUAUUCUUGCUCUGUGGUCUCCAUGACACCGUGGGGGAACAGCAGCAGCUCGGAUAAAGUUCCUGCAAAAUGAAGAACAUUGUUAGCUCCUAAUUAAGAUAGUUUAGGGAUAAGGGUGACUAAAACAUCACAGCUACCUAAUGCACUCAGAGGCUCAAGCGUUCAAGACAAACUAGCUUAUGUCAUUGACAAUGGCAGUUUACAUGCAAGAGACCUAAUCCUGUUCCUCUUAGUGUCCCUGAAAGACUUCUGUGACAUGGGAUCAUCAGGACCAGUCUUGAAUGCCUAAAGUGCAGUCCACAGAGUUGGCUAGCACAAAGUGGUGGUCUGGGGCCUGAUCCAACGUGAACGGAAAUAAAUUGGAAUCAGCAUUUUUCCAGCAAGCUUUGGCUCAGGUAACUAGUACGUAUAUACAACCAAUACUUGUAGCUGUUCAGGUUUAUAGUAAUGUAGUAAAGUAUCUGCAGAACAGUGCCGCACUUUCUCUGCUAGGUGUUUGUAGCUGUUGUUUAAAACCAUCAGUCAAAAUCAGGGUCCCUCUCCUCUCCCCUUCUCUUCAAACCCCACUUCCCUCAAAACUUCAUUGAACUUUUUUGUCCCUCUCAUCAAAACUGAUGAGGAACUUUGUAUAAAGAAAAGUGUCACUGUUUUAAUUAAUGAAUAAAUAAUUUAAUGUGAAUUUUAUUGUUAUAUUUUUAUGUAGCAUUUUUGGUUUGGUCUAUAUUUCUCAACAAUUAGCUAAUGCUUUCGUUUUAUUCUUAUGCAACUGA